AUGGACGCUCUCAGCGCGCCAUUCAUGCCGCUCGAAGCUGCGCCGGACGGGCGCAAAGGGAAGGGAAAGAAGCGCCGGGAGGCGGCGGAAGCUCCUAGUGGCGCAAGUGACGCCGAGGCAAAGCGCGCCAAGCAGGCGGACGCGGAGCAGCAGGGCGCGGGGGACGGUGGGGGAGAAGCGGCGCAGCCCCUGGGGGAGUCGGAAGAGCAGGCGCAGACGCAGGCGGUGCAGUUUGUCGGGUUGCGGAGCGUGCGGAGAAACAAGGAGCAGCAGAAGGGGCGGGAGCGGGAGAAGCGGGAGCGGUACGUCGGCGCGGGGACGAAGGCUGGCGCAGGGGCGCGCGGGGGAGGCGGGAAGCAGCGGCGGAAGAAGGCGACAAAGUCGAGCGUGGUGUACCUGGGGCGCCUGCCGCACGGCUUCUACGAGGACGAGCUCCACGGUACGCGCGCGCACGCGGGCGCAUGGGAAUGUCGCGGGCGCAACCAGGUGCGCGUGGGAACUGUGAGGAUUUCUAUUGUGCCGGGGCAAAGGGUUCCGGACGAUGGGUUUCAGAGGAAAGGAAUUGGCGCGUCUGUGCAAUUCGGAUCCGCCCUGCGCUCUCUUCUUUCCUUCUCGCGACGCGAUCUGUGGAAGAUCGAAAAGGCACACACGCGCAGCAGCACUGCCUCUCUGCUGCCCCCUCUGUGCGUGGCCUCGUCGUCAUGCCUCUCCACAUCCUCACCCCUCCUCUCUCCCCACGCCCUCUCCCUCGACCCCCUUUGCGUCGCCCCGCUUCCCCCUCUCCGCAUCCCCCUCUCCGCUUCCCCCUAUCCGCGCGCGCCCCCCCCUGUGCGCGCAGGGUUCCUGAGUCAGUUCGGCGAGAUCGAGCAGCUGCGCGUGGUGCGCAAUCCCAAGGUGCGCAGGGGGCGGGCGGGCCAAGGGGGCGGUUGGCGUAGGACGGGGGCAGCGGGAGGGGAGUGGGAGAGGAGAGGAGAGAAAAGGGAGAGGAAGAGGAAGGGUUGGGGAGAGGAGAAGAGAGAGGGGGGAGUGGGAGAGGGGAGGGAGAGGAGAGGGAGAGGAGAGUGGGGGGGAGAGGGAAAGGAGUGGGGAAGGAGAGGGACGGAAGGGAAGAGGGGUUUCGGGGAGAGAGAAGAGAGCACUGAGGUUUAUGUUACAUUCUCCCUUCCCUCUCUUCCCGCUACCAUCCCCUCCCUCCCUCUUUCUCUCCCCCCUCUCCCCUUUCAUUUUGCCCCUUCUCACCCCUCCUCCCCUUCUCCCCACCCCGCCCUCCCCUCUACUUCCCCCCCUGCGUGUGUGUGCGGCGGCGCAUGCGGGGCGGGCGGCGAGCAGACGGGGAGGUCGCGGCACUACGGCUACGUCAAGUUCGCCGCGCCUGAGGUGCGUGCGCGCUGGGCUGCUCCUUGCGCCGCCACCCCGUUUCUUGGGGUUGCUGGGUGGGGAGAGGAGGGCAGCGGAGUUGCCUCCAUGCAUGAAAACUUACCCCACCUAACCCUUCUCCCCCUCCUCCUCCCCCUCCCCUCUUUAUGUCCCCCGCCUACCCCGUAUCCCCUCCACUCCACCCCGCCCCUCGUGGCGGCGAUAGUGGCGGAGUGCAUGGACAACUACCUGCUCUUCGGCCACCUGCUCAAGACGCACCUCGUCCCCGCCGCCCGCGCCGACCGCGACCAGCUGUUCUACACGCCCCACAAGAACCCUGCAGAAGUCUCUCAGCCCAAGGCGGUGGAGACAUGGCAGGACUACAGUGAGCAGGCGCGCAAGCAGUCGAAGAAGCUAAGCGCCACCAUGAAGCGCCUCAAGGCGGCUGGCAUCCAAUACGACUUCCACCCCAAGCCCAAGGCAGCGAGGCCCGAGGGGGGAAUGCACCAGCGCUUCAACGAGGCGGGCGAGGCAGCCCCUGCCCCAGCCCCAACCCCAGGCCCAGACGCUGCAGCAGGCAAGGGCAAGGGGGCGAAGCAGACGGGUGGUGCGAAGGAGCCAGGGAAGGCGAAGGAGCAGAAGCAGAAGAGGAAGGAGAAGGUGGGGAAAGUGGAUGGGCAAGGGGAGAAGAGUGCGGGAGAUGCCGAGGCAGGGACGCAAGAGCAGGAGGGGAACGGUGUGAAGGAGGUGCAGGCAGAGGGUGGGGAUGGAUUGGCCGAGACGAAGGUGAGCAGUGGGGGCGUGAGCGAAGCGACAGUGGAGGGCGAGGAGAAGACGGGGGGUGAGGAGGACGUGGUGGCACGCGCCAAGGCGGUGGCAGCACGGCUGAAGCAGGAAGCAGAUAAAUUCGCCCAAGUGUUGGGGAAAGAUGCCGUGGAUGCUGAGGAGGGUGGCACACGCGAGGGAGGGGCGGGUGAGGAUGAUGUGGGUGCGGAGGCGGUUGACGAGCCAUGGAGCGAUGAGCAUGAGGAGGAGGAGGAGCUGCUGCAUGAAGAGCAGGAUGUGGAGGAGGAAGAGGAUGAGCAGAGUGACGAUAGUGAAGGUGAGGGGGGUAGUGACGUGGACGGGGGUGAUGAGGACUAG